UUUCUUUCCACACAUCAUCCGCCCACCUUGGUUUUGAUUUGACGAACGUCCAGCGCCGUCGCACCAGCCCAUAAAAGACCCCGAACUUUGCCGAUCAUCCCGCAAAACAUAAACUCGGCAGCUGAGAAGCUGAGGAACAGACUAGAGAAGGACCGUUUUUCCUUGCAGGUAAAAGUGCCGAUAAGGUGUGAGGCGAUGGAGAGGUCCGUCCUGUUUGCCGUGGUGUGCGUCGGGCUUUCCCUGCUCAUCCACUGCCGUCCAGCCGAAGCCUGGUACAAGCAGUCGGCCGGGCCCACGUACUACUCGGUGGGUCGUGCCUCCGGUUUGCUGUCCGGUAUCCGGAGGUCGCCGUACGUCCGCAGGUCCGAGUCCGAGGAGACGCAGAGCGACAGCGGGGAAACAGCGGGGAGCAGCGUGAUCCCGGAGAGCAGACAGAUCUCCAUCCUCAAAAGCAUGGCCAUCUGCGUCAAGGACAUCUCACCGAACCUGAAGAGCUGCGAGCUGCUGCGGGACGGGACGGGCACGUUUCAGUGCAGGGCGGACGUCUUCCUCACCCUCGACUCCCUGGACUGUCUGUCCGCGUGAGUCCGGGUCGGACCGGGUGCCGCCGGGAGCCGGGGAGCGCGUCUGGAAGACGGGGAGCGACGAGCGACUGAGGCUGCGGAGGAAGAGCCGAUCCCCGCCGACGCUGGACCGCUGCGGACUUUGAAUAUUCUCAUUUAAAACGCGAAUUCUGUUCAGUUUCACUUUGGGUGCGCAUCAGGAACAUGAGAGAAACGGUGCGGGAGAGGCGUGUGUUGCUGUUUAACCCCACAUGUACCCACCACUGCCAAAAUGUAUUAAAUGUCCAGAAAGUUGCAGAGUGGAUUUGUUAGAAGGUGCUUUAAUUUAUUUUAUUUAUUAAAACGAACAAAUGUGGUUAUUUAACUCUA